GAAGGAAGGAAGAGAAGGAGGCGGGCAGGCUGGCUCGGGGGUCCGGGACUGAGGCAGUAGAGGGAGGCGAGAGCUCGGCAGCCGCUUCGCGCUGUUUGCUGCGCGGGCUUUUGGAGGAGGUGGCCGUUGAGUCCGCUGAGGAAAAGCGGGUAUCGGCGGCGUGGGUACUGGCGUCUGGGGGCGGGGGACCGGGGAGGCAAGAAGGGGGGUCGCUGCGGUGGUUCUCUCGCAGUCGCUCUCUCCGGCUCGGUGGGCUCCUCCCGGCGUCUCCCUCGCCUCCGGGGCCCCACUCCCCGCCCCCCGCGGUAUGUCUUGAUCCCGAGCAGCGGGUUUCAUGGGGCUCCUCAGGAUUAUGAUGCCGCCCAAGUUGCAGCUGCUGGCGGUGGUGGCCUUCGCGGUGGCGAUGCUCUUCUUGGAGAACCAGAUCCAGAAACUGGAGGAGUCCCGGUCGAAGCUAGAAAGGGCUAUUGCAAGACAUGAAGUGCGAGAAAUUGAGCAGCGACAUACAAUGGAUGGCCCUCGGCAAGAUGCAGCUUUAGAUGAGGAAGAGGACAUGGUGAUCAUUUAUAACAGAGUCCCCAAAACUGCAAGCACCUCUUUUACCAAUAUCGCCUAUGACCUGUGUGCAAAGAACAAAUACCACGUCCUUCAUAUCAACACUACCAAAAAUAAUCCAGUGAUGUCACUACAAGAUCAGGUGCGCUUUGUAAAGAAUAUAACUUCCUGGAAAGAGAUGAAACCAGGGUUUUAUCAUGGACAUGUUUCUUAUUUGGAUUUUGCAAAAUUUGGUGUGAAGAAGAAGCCAAUUUACAUUAAUGUCAUAAGGGAUCCUAUUGAGAGACUAGUUUCUUACUAUUACUUUCUACGAUUUGGAGAUGAUUAUAGACCAGGAUUACGGAGACGGAAACAAGGAGAUAAAAAGACCUUUGAUGAAUGUGUAGCUGAGGGUGGCUCAGAUUGUGCUCCAGAGAAGCUCUGGCUUCAAAUUCCAUUCUUCUGUGGCCACAGCUCGGAAUGCUGGAACGUGGGAAGCAGGUGGGCAAUGGAACAAGCCAAGUACAACCUAAUUAACGAAUACUUUCUGGUGGGAGUUACUGAAGAGCUUGAAGACUUUAUCAUGUUAUUGGAGGCAGCUUUGCCCCGCUUCUUCAGGGGUGCUACAGAACUCUAUCGUACAGUAGGAAAGAAAUCUCAUCUUAGGAAAACUACAGAGAAGAAACUCCCCACUAAACAAACCAUUGCAAAACUGCAGCAAUCUGACAUUUGGAAAAUGGAGAAUGAGUUCUAUGAAUUUGCAUUAGAGCAGUUUCAAUUUAUCAGAGCCCAUGCUGUUCGAGAAAAAGAUGGAGACCUCUACAUCCUCACACAGAAUUUUUUCUAUGAAAAGAUUUACCCUAAAUCGAACUAAGUUCAAGGUGUGACUAUUAGAUUCUUGAACUAAAACUUUGACCCCAUCUUCACCUUAGUUCUAAGCUUCGUAUCCAGGAUUUCUUUUAGAUGUGUAAGACAAUUUGUAUUGACCCGAGUUAGGAAAGACAGUGAUGUCAAGAAAAUGCAUACUGGCUGAUAUGUCAGUGUUUUAGGAAGUUUAAGUUUCAGGGGUUUUCAUUUGUUUAUUCUUGUUAAAUUUUGGUGGGUGUUAUAACCUCCCACUUGGAAAAAAACUUACACUUCACCUAAAAUAUAAACAUAUAGCAGGUCUAACCAAAAGGCUACAUACAAUUUCAGAAAAGUUUCUGAUAUUCAGUUUUUGAUAAAGCAUUUUUUCAAUUAAACCAUAAAGGAAGAUUAAUCCAUUUGCUACUUCCACCUUCACCUGGAGGUUUGGGUUACACACCUCUACUGAAUAGUGUUAAUGACUGGUUGGUAGUAUGUGCUGUAUUUUUGUGAAUCAUGUCCCAUGAAAUUCAUUGGAAUGUUCAAAUCCUGUUUGCUAAGAAAUGUUUCUGUUGUAGUUGGGUUUGCCCAUAUUUAUGUAGGUUGUUUUAAUUUUUUUUUUAUUAUUGAUCAUUAGUGUUAAAAACUAGUUUAAACCAUUACUAAUACUGUAAAAAGACAGUCAAAGCAGUAUUUCUCAUUCCUGUCUUCCCAAUAUCAAAGAUUGGGAAGACACUUCAAAGAAUGUUGACAUUGUCUGAAGUUUUAGUUAAAGACUUCCACACAUUGAUAUCAAAAAAGUAGUUUUAGUACUUGUUUCUCCAUGGAUUAUUUGUAAUAACUAUAAACCGAAAUGCCGGUGACUCCAUAUUAUGACUCCAUUAGUGAGCUGUGGUAUGGGUAGGGUUUUCCUACAUCUUCUGUACUUUUACCUGUAGGCUAUUUUUACUAAGGUGCUUUAUAAUGUGUUUUAAAGCAUUGCAUUUACAAAAAAGGAGAAUGCUGUAUAUAUUGCAAAUUUUAUGUAUUUGGACCAAAAGGUUACAAGUAAUUAGACAGAAGUGGUCUUGCACCAGUUUUAUUACAUCAAGUAAAACCGUCAGACCUACUAUUCUUUUUCUCAUUUAACUUUACUGUUAGACAUCACCGAAAUUAACUUUAAUAACCUUUCAAUUUUGAUACACAGUACAUUAUUCAUAAUUGGAGGCAGUAGUUAUAGUGAAAAGAGUACUGAACAAGGAGCCAGAAAACUCGAUUUUUGGUUCUGGCUCUGCCACUUAUCAGCUGUGUGGCCUUGGGCAAGUCACUUAACCUCAGUUUCCUCAUCUUGAAAUGAGGAUAAUAAUACCUGCUGUACCUACCUCACAGGGGUGUUGUGAGGAUUAAAUGAGAUGGCAUGUGAAAGCACUUUGAAAACUGUAAAGCGCUAUAUAUAAAUGUAAGGUAUUAUUAUAGAAACAUCCUUAACAUACAGUUUCAUACCGUUCAUUUUUUUAGCACAAGAAAGGGUAAAGUCCACUUAUAUAAGCUGGUUGAAAAAAAGUUAAUCUUGGUAUAAAUUCAUGUUUGAUAAAUAUCUUCUCAGUGUUUUUUCUUCUGUGUUCCUGCAGCUACUGAAAUACAAAACACCUGUGAACUCUUAAAGCGUCAUGAGCAGCUGCUUGAGUUCAGAGGGUUCUCUGUUUGAAAUAGACUUGAUUAGUUGACUAGGGGCAGGGGAAUCUGUGCUCAUAAAAUUUGAAGGAUUUUUCUGAUUUUAUUUUACGUUACCAUUCAGAAAUGGUAACUAUUUUAUACCUAUGGUUUCUAAGGUAUGUUUUACAGAGUUUAAUUUCCCUAUGCAUUCUUAAUCUUCUUCCCCUUCUUGGAAUAACAGAGAUAAAGAAUUUAGAAACGUAUUUUCUAAAAGAAUAAUCUUUAAUAUGCUUAGUUUAAUAAAUAUUCCUCAGUAAGACCUAACCAAACUAUGUAAACAUUAUAGGCAAGUUGCCUUAAAGGUUAUUAACUGUGGGGUUGGGGAGAGGGAAGCACUGCUUAUCAGAAAACAUUUAAAAUUUGAAGAAAACUUAAGUAUGUUGACAAAAAAUAAUCAUUUUAGCACCCUUUUCCUCCAAUAAUAUGAAAAUACUAAGAGAACAUAGCCAAGCGUAUUUUUCUUAUUUGGCUUUUUCUUUUCUCUUUCUCUCUCCCCCUCCCUCCCUCCCUUCUUCCCUUCCUCCUUCCAUCCCUCCCUUCUUCCUUCCAUUUCUGUCUCCUCCCUUUCUCAAUACAUUCGUUAACUUUUGCAGGUGUUUGUUGAAAAUACAUACAAAUGAUUUCCUUGCCCAAAAGGUGGGAGUGUUUGAUAUUUACCUGCUAGCGAACCCCAGUGUGUAGGUUAUUCUCGGAGUACAAGCUAACAUCUUCUAGAGGUGCAUUAACUCUUUUAGGUAACUAAGGUAGUACUUAGUGCACUAGACCAGAGGUCAGUGCUUUUUCUGUAAAGGGCCAGAGUAAAUAUUUUAGGCUUUGUGGGCCAUAUGGUCUCUCUCACAGUUAUUCAGCUCUGCCAUUGUAGUGCAGAAGUAACCAUAGACAAUACCUAAACGGAUGGACAUGGCUGUGUUCCAAUAAAACUUUAUUUAGAAAAACAGAUGACAUGUCAGAUAUGGCCCAUGGGCUGUAGUUUACUAACCCCUGCACUAGAGAAAUCCUUAUUUAUGGAGAAAUCAUUUUUGAAUCUGUACUCUAGUGGCCUAGAAUGAGUUUAUAUACUUUGAAAAGCUAACAUAUCCAAAGAAUAGCUUUCUGAUUCAUGUGGUCUCUCUCACAGAUCAUAAACUUUUACGACUUAGAUUGCUUCCAGGUGGGCAGGUUUUUUUUUUUUUUUUCCCCCAGUUUAAGAGUUCAGUAUAGGGGCAUUUAUUCUGUCAUUUUUUAGGGUGGGUUAGAGUGUCCUUCCUGGAGGCUGAGAAAGGGUGGAUUUAAUUCCAUCAGGUCCAUUACAGUCCUAGGAAUCUGACAAGUUCAUAGUCCUUAAAAUGCCUAGCUUUAUAAUCAAUUAAAUAAAACCACUGAAACGAUAAUGUA